CUCGCCGCCAUUCACCCGUAACAUAACCGCUUUUUCGAAGCGCGACUCAAAGAAGCGCGGACGCCGAGUUCGGAACAUCAAUACUGGAGGGCGCCCAUUACCCGUUCCGUAGAAAGCAGCGGAGCUUUUUCUCUGGCUUCCUGUGAGGCGGACUUUUGGUGUCGCUAGUAGUGCCACUUUUGAUAGGGCGGGCUCCACGAGGUCUAUCUAUAUUUAGACAACGUACCCUCCAACGAUACGAUAUCUCACGCGUGCAAAAAAACAACGAUCGUUCCGGUGAAAGUCUCUUAGCUGGGCCGAUGCGUGCCGUAAUUGCCGGUAUCUCAAUCGUCUGCUCUUACCCUCGUCCCCCUUUAAGAAAAGUUAGCUCCCGUAAUGCUCGCAAUGGCAUCAGUGAGUCGGAUCGCUAUGUGUACGUUAGAGGAUGUCCUGCCAAUUUUCAGUGCGUUGGUGGUCUACGCAUCCAUUUUGGCGGCAAGCUUGAUUUCGUGCCUCAUCUUGUUUCUGUGCUACAUCAAAACCCGACAGCUAAAGACCUGGAAGUUCAUGAAAAAGUUUCCCGGAGCAAGUUCGACAAUGCCAAUGAUACCGAUGCUCUCCACGUGGAAGAUCCAUCGCACUCUGUCGAAGCAGGCCCACCUUGUUGACUACGGAACUCAAGUAUUUCAACUCGCCGCGGGGUCUUCGCUAUGCUUCAAAAAACAAGGGAUGUUCAGGUUUUACGAUGCAACACAGGCUGUGCUAGCGAUCUACACGGCAGACCCUGUCGAGGAACUUUUGACCAGCAACGUUAUUUUGGACAAGGGAAAAGAAUAUGAUAUCAUACGUCCCUGGUUGGCAAGUGGUCUCCUAACAAGUGCAGGAUCCAAAUGGAAGCUCCGACGGAAACUUCUAACACCAGCCUUUCAUUUCCGAAUACUGGAAGACUUUUUGCCCAUAGUAAAUACGCAGUCGAGGGUGUUCGUCGAAAACUUAAGAAGCCAAGGGAAAGAACGUUCGUACAACAUCGUUCCUCUGGUCACCAUGUGCACUCUAGACAUCAUCUGUGAAACUAUAAUGGGAUACGUUAUUAAUGCCCAAAAGAACAAGUGCUCUGAUUAUGUUCAAGCAAUUCAAGUAGUUGGAGAAGCUUUCACGCGCCAUCUUGAAUCGCCAGCGUUCUGGAUCGAACCUAUUUUCCGCCUAUCUCAAUCUGGGAGACAGUUCUACGACAGCAUAAAAGAACUGCACGAAUUUACCACAAAGGUGAUUCAGGAGAGGAAGAAAGAGCUACAAAAUGAGCCCCGGGAGGCUUUCGACAACGCUGACGACGACGACGUGUAUGGCAUGAAGUCAAGCCACAAGAGAACAUUCCUUGACAUCUUGCUUCGCGAACAUUUAAAAGAUCCUCAUAAUUUCACCGAAGAAGAUGUCCGAGAGGAGGUCGACACGUUUAUGUUCGAGGGACACGACACCACAGCCAUGGGCAUCAGUUGGGCUCUAUACCUCAUUGGUCUCUACCGGGAACAACAAGACUUAAUUCAUCAAGAGUUGGAUUCCAUCUUUGGUGAUGACAAGGUCCGACAGAUUACAUCAAACGACUUGAAGGAAAUGAAGUACCUAGAGUGCUGUCUGAAGGAAUCACAGCGCCUGUAUCCAUCGGUGCCGUUUAUUGCCAGAACGUGCUCGGAAGAUCUCGUUAUUGCUGGAAACACGGUGCCCAAGGGUGCGACUGUCCAAAUCCCGAUUUACAACCUGCACAGAGACGAAACCGUUUUCCCAAAGCCCGAGGAAUUUAUCCCCGAGAGGUUUCUUCCGGAAAACGCCAAGGGGCGGCAUCCCUUCGCGUUCGUUCCUUUCUCGGCCGGCCCGAGGAAUUGUAUCGGGCAACGCUUUGCGAUGAUGGAGGAGAAGAUUGUCGUUGCAAACGUGCUGAGGAACUACAAGCUGCGUUCUCUGCAUCACCGUGACACGAUUAGAGUUGUUGCCGAGAUGGUUUUGCGCCCCAAAAACGGGCUGUUCGUGCAAUGUCUUCCGAGGUGAUAGCUGAUUCUGCCAUCCUCGACUGCAGCACCGAAGCCAGACAGUUUUAUUAUUGGGUAAAGAGCGGUGAUUACAAUGAAAUUAUACACGCGCGACAUCAUUAUUCAGUGAUGCAUACAUCUAAUCAUGUGGCUAGUCCUUGGAUGAAGUUACAAACUUCAAAAUUCAUGUAAAUGUUUCUACAUGAAUACUAACUAACUAUAAGAAUUAGAAAACUAGGCAACUCGAAAAAAUAUACGCACGCUAUAUAUCGAAGGCUCUGUCAGUGUUAGAAAAUGGUUGUAUUCAAACUGAAUGUAUGCUACUAUUAUGGUAGGUUAAUUCGUUUUUUUAGAGCGCAGCUCUUAAGCGCCAGUUUCCGGUUUGAGCGGCGACGCCGUCGCCGUCGGCGUAAUCGCGCGUUGCAUUAUGGGACGUUUCCCAUAAUGCAACGCGUGACGUCACGUGGGUCACGAGUGGCGUCACGAGGGUCACGAAGGUCACUCGUGAAGGUCACGACGAAGGUCACGACCUUCACAGUGACCUUCGCGAGGUCUUUAUGACUGACAUCACGAGGGUCAAUAGGCUCAUAAGUGACGUCACGAGGGAGGGCGAGGAGGAGGGGAGGAGGAGGAAGGGAGGAGCAGAGGGAGAGGAGGAGGAGGCGCAUACCCUCCUCUCCGUACCCUCUCCUCCUCGUGCUCAAGAGCUGCGCUCCACUUCGGCAUUAUAGGGAGUUGUAAACGUCUUUCAUUUUUUUUAUAUAUUUCAUGUCAAAUUACACGCACGGUAUUUAUUUAGGAAUCCGUUAGUGUUGAAAAAACUUGUAUGCAAACGGAACGUAUGUUACUAUUUUUGUAUGCUAAUUUGUUUUCUUCUAUUGUAUGCCUGUAAUUCUGUUCAGCUUUGCUUUCUUUCUUGUUUUUUGUCUGCUCUUACGGUUGUUGUUGGAGAGUCAGUUGUUUUGUGAAGCAACUACUAAGUUGAUUUUUUCUUUCCCUACGCUUUCUCCCUUGGAGAAAAAUAAAGAAUUUCAGUUUGGAUUUGAUAUCUUGCAA